ACGAAGAAAAGCGCCUUUUGAAGAAGGAAGGAAUCCAGUUGCCGUCACACUACCCACUCACCAAGCAGGAGGAGAGAGAGUUGAAACGCAUCAGGCGCAAGAUCAGAAACAAGAUCUCCGCACAGGACUCCAGGAAACGCAAGAAAGAAUACAUCGACGGACUGGAAGACAGAGUGAAGGCCUGCACGGAGGAGAACCAGCAACUCCAGAAACGCAUCCGAACCCUCGAGGCACAGAACGAGUCCUUGCUCGUACAGAUGAGACGGUUCCAGAGCGUCUUGACGGGUGGUGGAAACAGUGGCCGAUCACAGGUCAAUGCCUCCACAGCACUCAUGAUGCUGAUUUUGUCGGCAGCGCUCUUCAUCGUGCCCUCGGUCAGACAGGAUGCUGCCGGGUCUGAGAAUGAUCUGUCACUGCCUGCGUCAAAGAUGCCAUCAGCAGGUCAUUCCCGCAGUCUCCUGGAGGCUGGCAAUGGCGGCCUCGUUCCUGGUGCUCUGGAUGUGUUGGAAGGUGUUGAUGAUGAACUCCCUGCCGACCUUGACAGCCCACAGGUUCUGGCCCUGACUGACCACGACUACACCCCAGUGGCCAAGCGCCAGCGCACCAACUCCAAGGGGAUCAACUACUACGUUCCACCCCUAGAUGACAUAGGUCCCCAGAACGGAAAAGUGGAUGCUGGUGGAGGGUUCCCCCCUGACGACAGCUCGGGCACAAAACUGGCUGCAAGGAUAGUAGAUGCGAUGGUAGAGCACGCUACGAACAACUACUCGGACCCGGGAGGGCAGCACAACAACAAGGCCCAGGCUGUCGUGGUCAAUCUCGGCCAGGGGAAGAAGAGGCUGCGGGACGAUCUUGAGUUGGAGUGAGGUGUUUUCUUUAAGCACUGAGGGUGCAUUCAUUCUUUUGCAUAAUAAGGAGAUGAUUUGCCUCAGGUUGGUGUGACUUCAUGGCUAAAGUUGCAUCUCUUUGAAUGGCCCUGUGCUGGGUGGGGGGACCUACCACGGCGGCAGAGGCUGCCACUACCCUGAAGCCCCGUCCCUGGAGUCCUCUGGGUUGCACGGACAAAGCCAUCUUCCCUUUCAACGUGUACUGGAGGCUGUGCUAGCAUUACAAUAGUAAGAUUCAAUGAAGCUAAACAAUUUUAAUUUAAUAUUUUCGAGAGGUUUAGGCUGGUGGGAGAUGGCAGGCUUCUGCAGACUUGUGGUAACAUUGUUUAAGCUGCACUGUGUGUGUGGGUGGUGCAUUCAUGUAGUAUAGUCGGGUGAACAGCUGGAACCAGUCGUUGUGGGGCCUCGAGCUGAUGCCCUGCUCAUUCAUGAAGGGAAUAGGGGGUUUAUGUUCAUUAUGCCAUAUGGGUUUGCUUUGCUGUUAUGUUACUAAAGAAUAUUUCUUAAAGAUUAUUGUAAGAUUAUCUAUUAAGAAAUCCUGUUUCUUUUUAGACUUGUAAGAGGUACAACUUUGGAGAACUUUAAGAUAAUUUAGCGUUUCCAAACAUUAGUGGCUUUGUCGUGUGGAUGAUGAGGUCCACAGCAUUCUUCACAUUAAGCUCUCACAGUGUUAUCUUACGACCAUCAUCUGCUCUUGUUCUCAUGAAAGAGUCAACGUACUAAGAGUUGAAUAUCGUAAUUUUUAACUCCUCAGUUAAAUGAUAAAACACUGAUUUUCAAAAGGUUGGGUGCAAAGAUUAUGUUCAAAUAUAUUUCAAUGUGCUUAAUUUUGGAAUAUAUAUAGAGAUAUAUAAUUAUCCUUUUUUUUUUCCUGUUUUUUUUUUACACAUUUGUAUUCGGUGGCGAUGAACACGGAAUACUCUUUCUUCGACUGAUUGUUAUGGACCAAUGCAAUUUUUUUUUUAUAUAUAUAAAUCAUUUCAUUUCAUUAUUUGUUAGUAGAAUGGAAGUCAUAUCACUGUCAUUUGAUCAUUUUUUGUAGAUAAAAUUAUAAAAUGAAGAAAGAAAUAUAUUUUAAGGCAAAC